ACGAUACACUAACAAAGAGGAAAGAAGAAGAGAACAACAACAUUGUUUGUUUGUUCCUUCUUCUUUCUUUCUUUUCCUCUUCCAAAUUCAAUAGGAGUUAAUUGGUGAAUGGGAACGUUCCAAACAUUUAGAAAGGCCUACGGAGCUCUUAAAGAUUCCACCAAGGUUGGCCUAGCCAAGGUCAAUAGCGAAUACAAGGAAUUGGACAUUGCAAUUGUAAAAGCUACCAGUCACGUUGAAUAUCCUCCAAAAGAACGUCACGUUCGGAAAAUAUUCUAUGCAACAUCAGCACAGCAACCACGAGCAGAUGUAGCUUAUUGCAUACACGCACUUUCCAAGAGACUUUCGAAGACGCGAAAUUGGAUAGUUGCCAUAAAGACAUUGAUAGUGAUUCAUAGGAUAUUGAGAGAAGGUGAUCCUAGUUUCAAAGAAGACCUUGUAAACUACUCACGCAGGGUACAUUUUCUCCAAAUAUCUAACUUCAAAGAUGACUCAAGUCCUCUAGCUUGGGAUUGUUCUGCAUGGGUUCGAACCUAUGCACAAUUUUUAGAAGAAAGACUUGAAUGUUUUAGAAUUCUUAAAUAUGACAUUGAGUUUGAGCGUUUAACAAAAGCAUCACCAGCUUCAACUAAGGUACAUAGCAGAACAAGGAUGUUGACCAGUGAUGGGUUGUUGGAGCAGCUGCCUGCAUUGCAGCAACUUCUUUACCGACUUGUUUGCUGUCAGCCUGAAGGAUCAGCUUUCAACAAUUAUCUAAUACAAUAUGCAUUGGCCCUGGUAUUGAAAGAAAGCUUUAAAAUAUAUUGUGCCCUCAAUGAUGGAAUCAUAAAACUUGUUGACGAGUUCUUUGAUAUGACGAGAUACGACGCGAUAAAGGGUUUGCUUAUUUAUAAAAGAGCUGGCAAACAGGCUGAAAAUCUUGCUGAUUUCUAUGAAUACUGCAAGGGCUUGGACCUUGCUAGGAAUUUUCAAUUUCCAAUUCUGAGACAGCCACCACCCUCUUUUGUUGCCACAAUGGAAGAAUACAUUAAAGAAGCACCUCCAACAGGCAAUGUUAAGAGACUGGAGUAUCAAGAAAAUGAUCAAUCACCAAAGAAAGAACCAGAAGAAAAAGAAACUGAAAAGCCUGAAGCAAUUGAGAAAGAAGCUGAAGAAGUCAAGGAGGAAGAACCUACUGAUAAGGAUCAAACAGAGGAGGCUGAACUUCCUCCUCUGAUAUCAACUGAUGAUGAUACUGAUGAUUUGCUGGGUCUAAAUGAAAUAAAUCCAAAAGCUCAAGAACUAGAAGAAAGCAAUGCUUUGGCUCUAGCAAUUCUACCACCUGGCGGGAGAAAAUUGAACAAUCUUGCUUUGACUAAUAUAAGUGGAGCUUCUGGUUGGGAACUUGCACUUGUUACAACACCAAGCAAACACACGAGCGAAGCGCCAGAUCGCAAAAUGGCUGGUGGAUUUGACAAGCUAUUGCUAGACAGUUUGUAUGAAGAUGAAAAUGCCAGAAGACAACUUCAACUCCAAAAUGCGGGUUAUGGAUAUGGAGGAGGGAUGGCUAUAAAUAAUCCAUUUGAUAAUUAUAAUAAUCAGCAACAAGAUCCAUUUGCAAUAUCCAACAAUGUAGCACCUCCAUCUAAUGUACAAAUGGCAUUAAUGGCUCAACAACAAAUGAUGUUCCAACAACAACAACAACAACAAAUGAUGUUCCAACAACAACAACAACAAAUGAUGUUCCAACAACAGCAGCAACAACAAUACAACAUGAUGAUGGUUCCUUACCAGCAGCAGCAACAUUCACAAGCUCAUUACCCUCAACAGAUGUCAGUUAUGGGUUCUUCUAAUCCAUUCGGAGAUCCUUUACCUGUACCUAGCUAUUCUUAUAGUUCCAUGCACCAUCAAGGGAACUACAAUAUAAUGUAGACGUCACUCUCUUUCUCACCACAAAAAGGAUGAAACUUUUGUUAUUUGAAGCAGGGUUAAUCCAAGUAUUUGUAACCAUCAGUGAUUAAUUUUUCA